UCACUCAUUCAUCUAUCAUCGAUUUGCCGACGCCGCUGUCAAACAUUGCAAUUUGCGGAGUGGACAAUCAAAUUAAUUCGUAAUCUAAACCUAAAUUGAGGCUACACAAACUCAAAAUGAAGAAACAAACUCGACAAAAAACUUUGAAUGAUCCUGUUAUUGUGUCACGUGUUAAAAACUACCUGGCGGAGAACGUGGACAAAACGUUCGUCGAUGUGAGUCAAAUGGCGCGUUCUCUGAAAGAGCGCUACCGCGAGUACAAUAACAGGAGCGAUAGUGCCUUUUGCCAGAUGGUAGAAAGUGCCUACAAGGUAGUUCUACAAAGCUACGGAUUAGACGGAGCGUCAACUUCGGAAGGGAGCGAGGAAGAGUCAGAUUUGGAGUUGUUAGAUGAAAACAACAGUGCUCUCAACGAGCGCCUGCUCGCAAUGUACAAAAUGCAGGAUAAGAAGCGUUCAGCGACUACUCGUCGUAACAACGAGAAGUCGGGCGAGCCUAUCGACAUCAUUAGCAGCGACGAAGACGGUUCUGUCGCGGCGAAACUACCAAAAAUCAAUGAUCAAAUUACCAUAACCCCACACAUUCCGACGAAGAACGCGAACAACACAGGGGUAGAUAAUGCCCCCAAAUCUCAACCAAACCAACACAGUACAGACAAAAAACGUAAAAUGGAUGCCAACAAAAAUGUUGCAGCAAAGAAAAAGUUUGAGGUGGGAGCGAACAAACAUGUUAAGGUUAGUUUUGAAGAUAUUGGUGGUAUUUCUGACAUUAUUACACAGAUCUGUGAUCUUAUAUUACAUAUGCGGCAUCCAGAAGUAUAUACUAAAUUAGGGAUUAAGGCUCCAAGAGGUGCUCUUUUACAUGGCCCACCUGGCACAGGGAAAACUUUGUUAGCACAUGCAAUCGCUGGCAAGUUACAGUUGCCUCUAGUAGCUGUGACUGGUACAGAAUUGGUAGGUGGAAUGUCCGGUGAAUCAGAGGAGAGAAUUAGAGAGCUCUUUGAAAGAGCAGUAUCAGUUGCACCAAGUGUAUUAUUCAUUGAUGAGAUAGAUGCAGUCUGUGGCAACAGAGUGCAUGCACAGAAGGAUAUGGAAAAGAGGAUGGUAGCUCAACUAUUAGCUAGUUUAGACAGUUUGAGUGAAAACAAUGAAUCUGUUCUCAUACUGGCCGCCACAAACAACCCUGAUGCUUUGGACCCUGCUUUGAGAAGGGCAGGUCGCCUAGAACAAGAAAUAGCAUUAGGUAUCCCAUCUUUGAAGGCUAGAAAAGAAAUUCUAUCAAUUUUAUGCAAGAAUUUGGUCUUGAGUGAUGACAUUGAUAUGAAUAUACUUGCUCAAAUAACACCAGGCUUUGUUGGGGCUGAUUUACAAGCUCUAGUUAAUAAAGCUAGCACAUACGCUGUCAAGAGGAUUUUUGCUGAUUUUCGUGCAGCUGAAGAAGCAUCUAAAAAGGCUGUUGAAAAACCAAAACCUAUUGAAGCAGUUACAUCCAGUGAAGUUAUUUCAAAUGGAGAAAAAGAGAUUGAUGAAGUAGCACAAGAGGCAGGUGAUGCUGCCCAGAAAGAUCAAGAUGUCCAACCUGAAAGUACAGAAAACUCUACAUCUAGUAAUGAUAAUUUACCUAAAGAAGAAACCAAUGAUGUUGAAACUGAGAAACCAAAACCGUUAGACCCUGUGGAUGAAGUACUAUCCCUUCUGGGAGAAGCAGUACCAUACUCAGCAGAUAAACUUUCAGGCCUGUCUAUUAGGCAAGAAGACUUCUUGAAUGCCUUGAAAACCACAAAACCUUGUUCAGUUCGAGAAGGUAUUGUUACUGUACCUGAUGUCACAUGGGAGGAUGUUGGAUCAUUGAACCAAGUCCGUAAAGAUCUGCAGUUAGCUGUUUUAGCUCCAGUAAAAUACCCGGAACAACUGAAGAAACUUGGAUUGGCAGCAGCAAGUGGAGUGUUGCUUUGUGGACCACCUGGUUGUGGUAAAACACUGCUGGCCAAAGCAGUGGCCAAUGAAGCUGGAGUAAACUUUAUCUCAGUAAAAGGUCCAGAGUUACUGAACAUGUAUGUUGGUGAGAGUGAGAGAGCCGUGCGCACAUGUUUCAGGCGGGCUCGAAAUUCAGCCCCGUGUGUCAUAUUUUUCGACGAGUUUGACGCCCUAUGUCCAAGGCGUACUUCCCAAGACCACAACGGAGCAGCAAGAGUGGUAAAUCAGUUGCUAACUGAAAUGGACGGCAUUGAAGGCAGGGAAGGAGUAUUUGUAUUGGCAGCUUCAAACAGGCCUGACAUUAUUGACCCGGCUGUUUUGCGGCCCGGUCGUUUGGACCGUGUAAUGUACGUCGGAAUGCCUGCGCGAGAAGAUAGGUACGACAUACUUCAAAAGCUGACCAAGAAUGGCACAAGACCAAUAUUGGGACCUGAUGUAGAUAUGCAAGUGAUAGCUGGCCUCACUGAGGGUUACACCGGCGCCGACUUGGCUGGGCUAGUAAAAGCGGCAGCAUCAAAUGCUUUGACCACUCACAUCUCAAACGGCACCUUGGACCUCGAAGGCGAUAUACUAGUUGUCUUCGAAGAUUUCAGAGCAGCCCUUGCAAAGUGCAAACCAUCCGUAUCAUCCAAAGAACAGCUGCAUUAUGAGAAAUUGAGAUUAAAGUAUGCCUCUGGUGCGGAUGACAAAGAUAUGGAAAUGGAGACUGAGCCUACAAAUGAGGAGUCCAUGGACACAGUGUGAAAAUCAUUCACCUUAUGUUUUAUACAGAAUUAGUAGAUUAAUUUUCAUUACUAUCACAUUCACUACAUUAAGUAUGUAAUUCAAACCGAUAGUGCCAAGUUGUUCCUUGUAUGUUUACAUUGAAAUAUGUAUUAAUUAAUUUGUGUGGUGCAAUUUAUGCAUUAAAUAAAGAAAAUGUAUGUUUUGUAAUGGAUCUGUAUUGGGAGAAAUAGAAUCAGCCCUUUAGUAAUUUUGCAAAUUAAUUAAGCAAUGUGACUAAAUAA